CCCGCCGCCCGACGUGGCUCUCCCCGGGAGGACCCGGGGCUCCUCCGCCGGAGUUGGAGGUGGGCUUCAACUUUUGCUCGCUGUCUUCGCCGCCGUCACCCCGCGGUCCCGCCGGGGGCUUCUCCCCGCGGCAGCGCAUCCCCGUCGCGGGUGGGGAAGGCAGCCCCGCGCAGCCCGGCCCCACCAUGACUUCCAAAGAAGAACCCAAGCCCUCUUCGGGGGAAGAACGGCGGCGGAGCCCCUUGGAUCACCUCCCACCGCCGGCCAACUCCAACAAGCCCCUCACCCCCUUCAGCAUCGAGGACAUCCUCAACAAGCCCUCGGUGCGGAGGAGUUACACCCUCUGCGGAACGGCCCACCUCCUCUCCGCCGCCGAGAAGCACCCCCCGGCCGGGCUGCCCCUCUCCGGCCGGGCGCUGCUCUCCCAGACCUCGCCCCUCUGCGCCCUGGAAGAGCUGGCCAGCAAGACCUUCAAGGGGCUGGAAGUCAGCGUGCUGCAGGCGGCCGAAGGCCGGGACGGGAUGACCAUCUUCGGGCAGCGGCAAACGCCGAAGAAGCGUCGGAAGUCGCGGACGGCCUUCACCAACCACCAGAUCUACGAGCUGGAGAAGCGGUUCCUCUACCAAAAAUACCUGUCGCCGGCGGACCGGGACCAGAUCGCCCAGCAGCUGGGGCUCACCAACGCCCAGGUCAUCACCUGGUUUCAGAACCGCCGCGCCAAGCUCAAGAGAGACCUGGAGGAGAUGAAGGCCGACGUGGAAUCGGCCAAAAAGCUGGGCCCCAACCCCGCCGUGGACAUCGUGGCCUUGGCCGAGCUGGAGCCCAGCGCCGAGGGACGGGGCAAGGCGCGGCCCGGGUCCCCGCCGCCGCCGCCCCCCGCCGCCGCCCGGGAGCCAGGCGCUCCGCCGCCGCCCCGCCCCGCCUCGCCCCCCACGGAGCGGCCCCGCAGCCGCCGGGACAGCGAGGAGGAGGAGGAAGAGGAGGAGGAGGACGUGGAGAUCGACGUGGAUGACUGAGGGGCGGCCGGCGUGCCCCCCCAUGUCCCUCCCCCCCCAUCCCGAGAGCUCCAAACCGGCACC